AUGCCUACCGCCAUCCCAACCCUUACAGACCACCUCGCCGAUCUCCUCCGCCGCGCCCUGCUCUUUAAAGUGAAGUACGAAGAGAAAUCGCCCGUGAUCUUCAGCCUUCCCAACCUCGAAAACAGUCUAGAGCAGACUAUCGCUUGCCUCCAAUUCACUAUCAAAACGAUCCAUACGAUUGUAGCAUCACUGAACGAGGCGCAAGGGACAAUUUGGGAGUUCUGGGAAGUUAGGAAGGCGGAGAGGCGAUAUAAGAAGCUAGAAGGAGUUUAUGUGGAUGCGGUCAGGGCGGUCGGGAUGAUGCGCAAAGCAGAUCGAUUGAAUAAGAAGGAAGAGGCAAGGGAGGAGGAGGAGGGAGAGGGAGAAGGUUGUUUUAUAGUUGAAAAGCUUAUCGCACGGGCUGGUUGA